AGCAAGCGGUGCUCUCGCUCUGGGAGGACAGGAGGGCCAACAGGUCUCCCAACAGAGAUGUCCCUUAGAUUGCGCGAGACUCUUCUCGCGGCGUGCGGGCCGAGGCGCACCACUUCCACUGCAGCGCGUGGGGGCCGUGCCUGGCCGUGCUGUGACGUCUGGGGUGGUCUGGGGCCCGUAUCCGUCCUGGCCCAAGGACUGAUUCACCACACUUGCCGGCUAUCGCUAUCGGCGAUAAGGAAUGCCCGCGCGGCCCUGCGCGUCGUCGCUGUCUCUCUCACCCGUACCGGAUGCCCCGUGAGCGCGGCAGGGGCCGAGCGACGGAAGGACGUCUCGGAAUCGGCGUGCCGGCGGUAUACAUACUCACACACUGGCGUGCGGCCGGGUGUUCCACCCUCGCAGUCAUCCUCGGAGGUUAGCACGGGUUGAUGGAACGUGCAGCCUUCCUCGCACUGAAGCGCUUGCUCGCCCCCAACGAGAACAAGAAGGUCAAGGGAGUCUCCUUGGAACGUCACCGCCAUGGGAGUGUCCUUCCGCAUCGAGUUCGACCGGCCGAACGGCGUGUACUUCCCAGGGGAGUUGGUGGCGGGCCGAGUCUUCAUGAACGUGAGCAAGCCCCAGAAAGCAACAGGUGUUAGCGUCCAGAUCAGAGGCUUGACGUUCUUCGUGUGGACCGAGAGCUUCACAGAAAGAAUUAAAAAGCUCAAAGUGCAUUACGAACCCGGCACGUUCGUUGGAAACUAAGUGCUUUUUGACAACAAGGCCUACCUCCUCGGCGAUAAAACUGGCGAGGUGGACAUCUCCCCCGGCGACCACGAGUUCAAUUUCGAAUGCCGACUUCCCGGCUCGCUUCUGACGUCCUUCGAGGGCAAGUACGGCGGUACCCGCUACAGUGCCACUGCCAGCCUGCACAGGCCAUGGCGGCUGGACCUCAAGGAGAGGGCGGCCUUCACCGUCAUCUCGCACCGCGACCUCAACCACUGGACGCAGGCAAUGAGGCCCGCCUCCCACAAGGAGACGAAGAACUUCUCCUGGGGCGCGUCCGGCGCGCUCUCCGUCGACGUGCAGCUGCCGCUCGGCGGCUACGUCCCCGGCCAGACCAUCUUCGGCCAGAUCCAGGUGGACAACGGCAGCAACGUGCGCGUGGAGCGCGUGGUCUGCACCCUGCACGAGGAGGUCAAGUGGACCGCGAACAGGGGGUCGACGACGACGGUCACCGAGGUGACGUCCUCCGUGUUCGAAGGCGCAGUGCAGGCGCACUCCAGCAAGACCAUCUCGCUGGCCAUGCCGGUUCCCACCGUGGCGCCCUCCAAAGAGGCGCUAUUCUCGCUCAUCGAGCUCAAGUACUUCCUGAGGGUGACAGCGGAGGUCUCCGGUUACCGUGGCAACCUGCACUACGACUUGCCCGUCAUGGUGGGCACCAUCCCCGUGUUCGGCCCAGACGACCACAAGGCCGAGAAGUCGGACAGGGCAUCGCCGCCGCGCAAGACGGACCUCCCGCCGCCAACGUACGAGGAGGCUGACUUGAAGGGGAAGAACAAAUUCGUGAGGCGGUUCAAGUUAGGGCAGGCGCCUUACAAGCCGCGCUACCCUGUGUGGGACUUCAGCAACGUGCUCCGCGGGAAAUGACUCAUGCCUGCGUCCUGCUCUCAGUGACUUAUUUAUUCGUUAUAUGUUGUACUGUAAAAGUAUUGUAUAAUAAAUUUUUCUGAUAAAAAUGGAACAAAUUA